CGCCGUCCACCACCUCACACAGCACAGCACAACCACACUGAUUCAUACAGCUAGCGAGUGAGCUUAGCCAAGCACACGCCUCCUAGCUAGCUCCCCCCGGCCUUCUCUUCUUGAGCUCCGACCGACCACUCACCCGGGCCAUGAUGAGCGGCGGCAGGACGAACGCGGCGGCGAGCGACGACUUCCCCUUCGCGGCAAUGCAGCCGCCGCCCUACGUCGGCUUCGAGCACGCCGGCGGAGGAGGCCAGCGCCACCAGGGCGCCAUGAUGUACGACAACUUCGACUUCGCGGCCGCCGCCGUCGCCUUCGGCCAGUUCCAGGACGCGCCGCACCACCAGAUGCUUGCGCUGCCGCGGAGCGGGAGCGGCGUCGGCGGGCUCGUCCCCAUGGCUCCGCCGCCCAUGCCCGGGAUGCAGCUCCAGAUGCCGCCCAUGGCCAUGCACGGCCACGGCGACGUGUACCCGGCGCCCGGGAUGAUGAAGCGCGAGGGCGGCGGCGCCGGGGACGCGGGGAGGAUCGGGCUGAACCUCGGCCGCCGGACCUACUUCUCCCCCGGCGACAUGAUGGCCGUGGACCGGAUGCUGAUGCGGUCCCGUCUCGGCGGCGUGUUCGGCCUGGGAUUCGGGCGCGCCCACCACCAGGCGCCUCGGUGCCAGGUGGAGGACUGCAAGGCCGACCUCUCCGGCGCCAAGCACUACCACCGGCGCCACAAGGUGUGCGAGUACCACGCCAAGGCCUCCCUCGUCGCCGCCGCCGGCAAGCAGCAGCGCUUCUGCCAGCAAUGCAGCAGGUUCCACGUGCUCACGGAGUUCGACGAGGCCAAGAGGAGCUGCCGGAGGCGGCUCGCGGAGCACAACCGUCGCCGGAGGAAGCCAGCGGCCGGCAGUACGGCGGCGUCGUCCAAGGAUUCGGCUCCGCCUACCAAGAAACCCAACGCCGGAGCCAUCUCGAGCUCCUACACCGCCGACAACAACACACUGAGCACGACGAAGUCGACCAUCUCCUCCAACACGAGCGCCAUCAGCUGCCUCCAGCACGGCGAGGGCAGGGCGGCAGCGGCGACGAGGCCGACGGCGCUCACCCUCGGUGCGGCGCCGGAGAAGGACGACCAGCAGCAGCAGCUCAGGAACGCCAUGCAGCUCCACCACCAUCAGGAGCAGCAGCACUUCAUCACCUCCCUCUUGCACAACAACAUCAAUAACAGCAACAUCCUGUCGUGUUCCUCGGUUAGCUCCAGCACGAUGCCAUCGGCGGCGGCGGCCAACGGCGAGGUCUCCGACCAGAACAACGACAUCACCAACAACAAUGGCAGCAACAACGUCAACAACGGCAUGCAUAUGUUUGAGGUGGACUUCAUGUAGAUGUUGGAUCUUGAGCAUUAGGCUUAUAACAUAAUUAUGAUCUAACCACAGUUUAAGCACGACAUUUGAAGUAAGCAGAAGUGCUUUGUUUCCACCGGUUA